UGUCAAGUUUGUUUUUGUUGUUGGCUUUUUCUUGCAAGGAGAAUGGAAGUGGAAAUUGUUGAUUACACCAAUCGUUGCUGCUCCUGCUUCUCCAGCACGAGUACUCAGAGAUCUGUACGGUCAGAUUUCAAUAGUGAUCACACAAUCUCAUCGGCAUGUUUGAUGCUAACAGGAAUAGAUCUUCUGGAGUGCGACUCCUCGUCUUUCACGGAGAAUAUUUGCCUGCAAUGCGUGGAAGAUCUUGGGAAAGCGUUUGAUUUCCGAGAGAAAUGCCUGGAAACGCAGAGGAAGUUCUCUGGGUUAAUCGGUGAAGAGAAGGAGGAGGUGAGAGAUGAAGUUUCUGAAGAAAUUGUUCAGGAAGAAGAGGUUUCUGCCUACAUAUGUUCUGUUUGCAACAAAUAUUUCAGUCGUGAAAUUUAUCUGCAGAAGCAUAUGAAGGAGUUUCAUGAAGCGAAAACGGAUUUGUCCUGUGAAAUCUGCAAGGAGACAUUUAGGAAGAGAUCUAAGCUUGUCGCCCACAUGGUGAAGCACAGAAAGGAGAAGAGUUUUACUUGCGAAGAGUGCCAGAAGGUCUACACAACUCGCAGCGGAUGGAGGAAGCACAGGAAUCUGGUGCAUUUACGGCAGGAGACUUCUGCCAAAGUGCACAAUCACUUGUGCAGUGAUUGUGGGAAGAGCUUCAGCACGCGACAGGGACUCCAGACGCACAACACGACUCAUACUGGCGAGAAGAGCUUCUCGUGCAGCGUGUGCAAUAAGGCUUUUGCGCUGGCCAACAGGCUGAAGGCGCACAUGAGAGUGCACACAGGAGAGCGUCCUUACAAGUGUUCGGAUUGCGGCAUGAGUUUCUCCCAUAGGAAUGUUCUGGUGUGCCACAGGCGUCUGCACACUGGCGAGAAGCCCUUCGAGUGCAGCGUGUGCCAGAAGACUUUCCGCCAAUACGCCACGCUCAAAACUCACAUGGCAAUUCACAAUGGAAAGCCGAUAGGGUGUCCGGAUUGCAAGAAGACCUUCUCACGCGUGGCUUUCCUGCACGUCCACCAGCGGAAGCACACUGGCGAGAAGCCCUACGCCUGCGAUCGCUGUCCCAACCGGUACAGGCAGAAGUGUCAUCUGGAUCAGCACAUGGACACGCACGACGGCGUGAAGUAUCAGUGCGAAGUGUGCCAGAAAGAGUACUCGAAGAAGUGGAGCUUGAAGGUGCACAUGUUCAGCCACGGCGAAGGAAAUCGCUUCCAGUGCUCCGAAUGUGGAUCUACCUUUGUGCGGAGGGAUAAAUAUAAGAAGCACAUGAAGACGUGUCAUGGACUUGAUGCAGAUGCUGACCCAACUGAUAAGAAUAUUCCUGCAAAGGAAGCAAUUGGAGAGAGUUCUAAGAAGGCAAAUGUAAUAAAAUGCUAUUCGAUCCUCGAGAGGGUGCGAUCGCGCGUGUCCGGAUGGUUUUCUCCGACGGCGCACACCGAGCGGCAGGGCAACAGGAACGGAAAUCUCCGCAGGCGCCGGGAGUCAGACACUGAGGAGCCUGGGGAGCAGAGCGAGGCUCCGCCGGUGAAGAAGCUCAAAUCCUACAUUGUUACUCAAACUCCCGUGGACACUGGCGCUGAUCCGAGGAGUCUAACCUCGAAUUUCGUCGCAAACACAUCAACACCGACUACCUCAGGCUUUGGCACGCAUCGCAGCUUCCUGGACUACAGCAACCGGCCUCCGGAGCCCUAUAGCUUCGUCAGAUCCUCCCCGCCGGUGCACCAUCCGCAGAAAUCGGCGCUGAACGAGGUGGUGCUGCCGGUGGUGAGCGAGGAGGCCGUGCGGCAGGACGAGGUGGAGGAGGAGGAAGAGGAGGAGGAGGUGGAGGAGAGUAUAGCCAAUGGGAAUGACUCGGCGUCCGAGAGUGGCGCCAGCAUGAGCAGUGCAUCGGUGAACAUCUUCGGUGGGAAGAGUGGCGACGGCCUGAGACAGUCGAGUGUCAUCAACUUUGGCUCUCACCUGCAAUCGAAGAAGUCCCUCUUCUCCGACAAGAACAUAUCGAUGUCGAUGAGUUCACUGAACAGUCUCUCGCAGAAGCGCUCCUUCAAUGCAUCUCUCUACGGUAGCACAUCGGCGCUGAGCGACAGUCGCCUUCUCAACAUCCAAUCGCCCUUCUAUCGCGGCCGGACAAUGUAUGGCGGCGCAUCAGCUUAUUCGGCCAUGCGCUUCAACAAUCCCUUGAGGAGUAGACAGAUGCCUUCGACGCGUCCCUCCUCGAGUCUAUCGAAUUUCUCCUCGUCAUCGACCUCACAGCUCGGCGGCGCUCAGGCCGCGGCGCCCGGUGGGAAUAGAGAUGAGGUGCCGCUGUCGAAGACCGCCAAGAGGAUCAUGGAGAUGAUGAAUCAACUGACGGGACCGCUGUCGGAUGUGCGGAAGAUGGCGCACAGCAGUCUCGCGGGUAGACAGGUGCCGUCGCUGAUGCAGAGGCAGAGAUUCACGGAGCAGGAUUUGCAGGCCAACAGGGCGAUUCGGCUGCAGACGCCCAAGACUCCCUACUCGAGAGGGUCUUCAUCCAAUGCCGCCGCGAGGAUGAACUCUGUGCCGCCGAUGACGGAAUUGCAGGUGCCAUCGAUGUCGCAGCUGCUGCAGAUGAAGAAGCUCCAGAGUCAGACGGAGCAGUUGCGGAAGUGCGCCAUGGACUCAAAUAGCACACUCAAUCGCGUGACGGAGUACAAGUUGCCGGACACGAAGGGUGAUGCCGAGGGCGCGAAGCAUGUGAAUAAGAUGAGGAACAAGAUUUCGAAGGUGCGUCCGGAGAAUAGCAGCGCUGCCGACGAUGUGGCGCCCGAGGUGAAGUUGCCCGAUGUUCAGUUGCCGCAAUUGAUGUCAGUGCCGAAGUUUGACAUCACUUUCCCGGCGGUGGUGGAGAAGAGAAAUGGACCGAGUGAGUGGAAGGCGGAGAAGGCGAAAGAGAGAGAGUCCACUGCGAAUGUCUUCAAGUUCUCUCAGCCAAUUGUCGUGGGACAGACAGUCAAUUCGACGUCUAGCAUUGUUGGGAGCUUCAAAUUCUGUGAGCCAAUUGAUGUGCGGGAAAUGCAGGAGGUGAAGAGUAAUCCUGCGGUGCCGAUGUUCACCUAUGCGCCAGAACUGGCGAAGAAGCGUCCGCAAGUCACAGUGGCGGAGAAGGAGAGCCCGGUGAAGUCACCGGUGCCACAGACACUGAAGAUCGGCAGCAGUGUCUUGGAGGCCCUGAAGACGUCUCCACUGAAGAUCUCGAGUGUGCAGAGUGAGAAGACGGCGCUGGAGACGGUGAAGGAUCCUAUUCCGCUGAAGAUUGUCAAUUCCUUCGGCAGUCAAUUCAAGGCGGCGGCCAACACGUGGGAGUGCGAUGCUUGCCUGGUGCGCAACAAGGAGACAGACUCGGCGUGUGUGGCGUGUGGAGGUGCCAAGAAGGGUGCAAGCAAGCCACCGGCUGUUCCGGUCGCGACUCCAGCCGCUCCGGCGAUGGACAGUGGCUUCAAGGCUCUGGUGGCGGCACAAAAUGCCAAGUGGGAGUGUCCGGGUUGCAUGCUGAAGAACGACAAUGCGCUGCAAAAGUGUCCGUGCUGUGAAUCUCCACGGCCGGAUGGUGCCUUAAAGACAACACCGUCUACUGCCACUGCCGCCAGCUCCAAUCCCUGGGCGCUUGCGCCGAAGGUCGCCGACGAGGGCUUCAGCAAGUUGGUGUCACAGCAGAAGGCCAAGUGGGAGUGUUCGGCGUGCAUGACGAGAAACGAAGCUGGAAAGAAUCGGUGUGCUUGCUGUGAUCAGGCGAAACCGGGCGCCGCCACGGACAAUGUGCCGCAAUUCUCCUUCAGCACUGUCUCUUCCUCGUCCAAGUUCACGUUCGGCAUGCCAGCGUCUACGGCGGUGAGUGAGAAGAUUGAGGCCACAUCGACGGUGACAACGACGACAGCUGGAGGCUUCGUGUUUGGCGGCUCCUCGUCGGCCACAACGACGUCAAGCACCACCACCACCAAGGAGAGUGAGAAGACUGUGAAGGAGGCGCCAAAGAGUGGAUUUAUCUUUGGCAAUGUCGCAUCUACUGCGAGUUCAGUGACUCAAGAGCCGCCAAAGUACAUCUUUGGCGCCCCCAAGGCAGCAACAACCACUGCAGAGUCGCCAGGGAAGCUUGUUUUUAAAGCCACGACAACGGUGACUACAGCUGUCGCUACUACAGCAUCGACUACAGUGACUUCCAGCACGGGAGGCUUCAAGUUUGGUGUUCCUGCGCCUGUGACCACUGCGGAGUUGCCAACAACGCCCAAAGCGCCGCCAGCAUAUACUUUUGGGGCCUCACUGAAACCCGCAGAGUCUUCUCCGGCAGCGAGUGAGACUAGCACUAGCGUCUCGACGACACCGAAAGCGUCAAUUGUCUUUGGAACGCCAGCUGUGACGACGUCAACUACCACGAACCUCUUCGGCAGCACCACUGCCACGGCAAGUCCUUUCGCGAGUUCCACAGACGCCUCGUCGUCGCUGUUCAAGAGUCCCAUGACAUUUGGCGAGGCUGCAGCUAAAGCGGAGCCACCCAAGAAGAUCAUUGAGUUCGGGAAUGCUUCGAAGGCAUCGCAACCGUUCACUUUUGGAGCUACCACGCCAGCUGUCUCCACAUCCGCUCCGCCUGCGUUCUCCCAAUCCACAGUCACGACGUCAGCGCUGACCAACCAACCGUCUGUGUUCGCCUUUGGGGGCGCUUCGACUGCGCCAGCGGAACAGGCGAAGCCUCAGCAGACGCCAUUCAUCUUUGGCGCGGCCGCGGCGAAGCCUCAGGAAGAGAAGCCGCCACAAGCGGCAGUCACCACGCCGGCAGCGUCGACGGGAUUUGGGGGAUUCGGAGGAUUUGGUGGACAGCAGCAGCAAACACAGAAUCCGCCAGCGUUCGGUUCGAUGGCCACGUCUCCGACCUUCGGCGCCGCGGCCACUCAAUCGCCCUUCAACAGUGGCAUGUCUCCACUGAAUUCUGGCGCUCAGUCAGGAUUCGGAGGCACUCCAGCAUUUGGUUCCACUCCAUCCGCAAAUCUCUUUGGCGGCAUUUCCGGAUCGACCGCCAAUGCUGCUCCGUCGGUGUUCAGUGCUUCACCGGCGACGGGCCAACAGCCGGCGGCAAGUGCAAACAUCUUUGGAUCACCGGCCAGCAAACCGGCGGGCGUCGCGAUGCCAUUUGGUGGGCAGCAAUCGCGUGGAUUUGAUGUGAAUGAUGGCAUUGAACCGUCAACGAAGAAGAUAUCAACGGCAUUCGAAUUCGGCGCCCCAAAACCGGCAGAGCCGUCAAAUACUCUGUUCACAUUUGGCGCCAAUAAUAAUAAUACACAAGCUAAUCAAGGAGAUAAUAAGCCAGCGUUCAAUUUUUCUGCCGGACAAGCGCCAAAUUUCAACUUUACCGGCUCAGCUCAACAAAACUCAAACCAGCCGUUCUCAUUUAAUGCGGCACCAUCGGCAUUUAAUUUCGAUGGCGGAAGCACUGAGACUGGUACAAAUGCACCAGCCUUCUCAUUUGGUGGAACUACUAAUUUGUUUGCUGUGAAUCCGGGUCAACAGCCGCAACGAAGGAAGAUCUGUCGCGGAUUGCGUCGUGUGCAGCGAUAGAUGAUGCGAUGAAGUGUGAAAAGAGGAUGGUGGUCAAUAGGGAUGGCAAUAGGGUGAAGAUGAGGUGUUCAGGGAUGAAUUUGACAAAGAGACCAUCGAUUUAUCAGUGGCGCUCUGUGAAUCCCAAUAGGAGAUGUGCAAGGGCAGCUGAACAUGGGAGAUUGACCACGAAAGAUGAGGUUGGACAGGAGACAACAGAGGGAAUCGUUAUCGCCGACCAGCCGAGGAUGAUGCGAAGUAGUAAGUUUGUGAAAAUCAAUAGCCCAAUUUCCGCGAAAAUUGCAGCAAAAACCAAGAUAUUUGUGCCAAGAAAGACAGCAGUGAAUAUGAAUUACGGAAGAAGAUACAGUAGAUACAAGUAUAUCGCUCCACAUUUCACAGAUAAUAUGAUGAACAGGAAGAUGAUGAUUCGGGGAAGAGGUGUUGCGAAAGGAUCAAAAGUGAUGUCUCACGAGUGACGAAAGAGAGAGAGAUAGAGAGGAUCAUGGCAGAAGAACAUGUCGAGAAUAUUGAUUGUUUUUAUGUUUAAAAAUUGAUAAAUGUGAGUUGAAGAAGAAAUCAAUGAAUGAUGGAGAGAACACAUCAUCAACAUCAUCAUCAAAAGAAAAAGGAAAAAAAAUUAUUGAUAACAUGUUAGUCACAUACUUAUUAAAAAAAAUUAUAAAAGAAAUGAAGAUUUUCGCAUAAGAAAUUCAUGGAGAAGAUGGAGUCGAUAAAAUAAAUAUAAUACGAUAAUUAAAUUGAAAUAGACAGAGAUUUAGUGUAACUAAUUGAUAAAGAAAAAAAAGAACUAUUUUAGGAUGUAAUUAAUGUAAUGGAAAGUGAGGAGAAGACGAAGAAGAAUGGGGGAUGAAUGUAAAUAAUAAUUUUUUUUAACUUUGUGUUGAUGCAGAAAAAAACACAUUUGUUCUUCUGUAGAGAUAUAAAAAAAAAUGCAACUUACUUAAUUUCAAGAAAAGAUUAAUGGAAUUAUUUUUGAAUCUUGGCUUUUUGAUGGGAAACUUCUGUAAUGACCGGGUUGAAAUGAGUAAAAAAAAAAAGAAGAAAUAUUUAAUGUGGAUAAAUGUAAAUAUCGAUAACAAUUUCAUGAAUGAAGAGAAGAUGAGAAUAUAUUUUGCAUAGUAGAGAAUAGUUUCUUUUUCGUUUCUAUUGCCGUGAGACUUGUGGAAUGGCAUUGGAGGAGUAGAGAAGGAAGAAAAAGAAAAAAGUUCGAAGAGAAACGAAAAGGACUCAGAAAAAGAAGGAGUUGAGAGAGAAAUAUUAGUUAGAUAAUAUUUGAUGAAGAAGAAGAAAAAAUGGAAUUAUAGUCGUAUGAGACACAUUUGAAUAUAAUGGCUAAGUUUUAAGGGAGUUUAAGGAUAUUGAAGGAAAAAAAACUAUUGCAGGAUGCUUUAAUGACAAAAUAAAAAUAUUUUUUAUCAUUUAAAUGGCAAUAAUUUUCAAUAGAUUUUAGCUAUAACCCUUAUAUUGAUAAUCGUUUAUUUCUUCUUCUUUGCUUUAGCACUAAGAUUUACUUGAUGUAGUUUAGGUUUAAAUAAUUAUAAUUAGUUGUGUUUCUUUUUUUAUCCUCAAUACUGAUGAAUAUAUAUAUAAAUUGUACGUAAUGAGAAGAGUAAAAAAAAUGAAUGAUGAAAAAUUAUUGCCAAUAUUAAAUGACUAAAAAAUAUUUGUUUAAUAUGUGAUUGUUUUUUUAUAUUUAAAAUAUAAAAAAAGAUGAUGAAAAGUUUAUAAUAAGAUUGUACCUUCAAAAUGAUGUACAUAUAAAAUUUUUUGUACACGAAUUACAUUGUAAAAAGAGAAUGAAGAAAAAGUUAAAUAUUCAGGCAUCCUCCAAUAUGUGAAUAAUGGUAAAUAUAAAUAUUAAA